CUCUUAACCCUUUCGUAGGCGGUGGGAAGCAUUUUUCCCACCGUUCAAAGUGUGUUCUAGGAGUAAUCUAGCGAAAUAUUCUUCAAAGGCAUCGGUGCUGCCAUCUUUUGGAAACAUGACAAUACACUAUUAAAGUGGAAAUAGCCAAAUACGCAUGAUAUGCAACCCAUUAUUUUGCUCGUUUUAUAUGUAAGCACAUGCUUUGACCAUUUUUAUCAUGCAAAUUUUGUGUUUUGAGAAUUAAUCCGAAAACAUCGUUACAAUCAGUAAUGUGCAAUUUGGAUAAUCCUGAGCACCGACAACAGGCUCUUGACUUUUUCUACAGUCUCCCUGACAAUGAAGAAAAUUCCGAUGAAGAACCGGACGAUGGCGCAAAUGAAGAAAUUGAUCUUCUAGACUUUACAACUUCUGAUACAAGUUACACUAAUUCUCCUCGAAAUUCUUCAACAACUUCAGCUAGGAACGUUACUGUACCCUUGUCGCCAGAACCGGAUAUCGAAUUUUUACACUCGGUAACACCAGAGUUGGUAUCAAUUCAGGAAUCACUCAGUGACGAUGAGGCCCGAGAUAAAGAUAAUGAAAAGCGAUCUUGGUUGCCAAGCUGUGACCAUAUACAUGACAAAAAUAUAGACUUCUGUAAAACUCCUGAACCUGUUGUGCAAAUUUCUGAACACGCUAAAGAAAUUAUUUACUUCAAUCAAAUACUAAACGAGGACAUUCUGGAAUUCAUUGUCGACCAAACUAAUUUGUAUGCUUGUCAAGACCUUCCGAGGAAGAGUAACAAGAAGACGGGGCCAGGCCCUUCAAAUAAUUGGGAGAACACUUCCAUAGAAGAGAUCAAAGCUCUUAUAGGAGUUAUGAUAAUAAUGGGAAUACAUCAACUUCCGCAUUUGGCCAAUUAUUGGUCAAGUGAUCCAUUUUUGGCAGUUUCGCCAGUGGCACAAGCGCACAAGUCAUGCCUUCCAAGAGGUAUAAAAAACUAAUAGAGAAUAUUCAUGUAAAUGAUAACACCAAAGUUAUACCAAAGCACGAAUCAGGGUACGACAAAUUACACAAGGUAAGGCCCCUGAUUGAUAUCCUCAAUGAGUCAUUCCCCAAGGCAUUCAAUCACUCUAGUUACCUGGCUGUGGACGAAUCAAUGAUCGUCUUCAAAGGACGUUCCUCAAUAAAGCAAUAUAUGCCUAUGAAGCCGGUCAAACGAGGAUACAAGGUUUGGUGUUUAGCUGACUCUGCUACAGGGUAUAUAUGUAAGUUUGAUAUAUACACAGGCAAAACCUCCGAUUCAGAAAAGCAAAAUUAUGGCUUAGGAGAAAGGGUAGUAAUAAAUCUUACUUCUUCUCUGAAAAAUAAGGAUUGUAUGGUAGCAUUUGACAAUUUCUUUACUAGUGUAAAUCUAAUGGAAACUUUGCUAAAGGACGGAAUAUAUGCUCUAGGUACAGUGCGAUCAAAUCGAAAGAACUUGCCAGAUAUAUAUAAGGAUAAAACGAAACUUCAGCGUGGAGAAUUUAUGUUCGAAACAAAAGCAAAACUAUUCGCUAUCAAAUGGUUGGACAGUAAAAAUGUGUAUGUUCUUACAAAUUACUUUUGUCCUAAAGAUACAACAACUGUAUUACCAAGAAACAAGGCUGGCGAAAGACAGACUGUUUAUUGCCCGAAAGUGGUAGCUGAAUACAAUCGAAUAAUGGGAGGUGUAGAUAAGUUCGACCAGCUUCACGAACGAUAUGCUGUUGGUCGUAGAUCAACGAAAUGGUGGCAUCGCAUUUUGUAUUAUCUGAUAGAUAUGUCUAUUGUCAAUUCGUUUAUAUUAAUGAAAAUCAAUCGAAAGCGAACUGUCGAUCAGUUGCCAUUUAGAACCAAUUUGGCAAGGCAACUUAUAAACGGUUACACAUCUAGGAAACGCAGAAACAAACCUGUACAAUUUCUUUCGAAUAAGCGAGCUGUGCCUGACGAGGUUCGUUUAGCUGACGUUGGUAAACAUCUUCCUAUCCAACAAGCAACGUAUAAACGGUGCAGACUUUGCAGCACCAAAGCCGCAGAAAAAAGAACAAGAUACAUGUGUUCAUCAUGCCAAGUUCCUUUAUGCAUCCAACCUUGUUUCAACAGAUUCCACGGCAAAUAGUAAUUAAGCCAUUGUUUAUUUUAUUUGACUUGCAUUUUUAUUUUGGUAUCUAUAUUUUAAUAAAAAAAAGUUCAUAUUUCACUUUUUGUUUCUUUUUCUUUUGAUAAAAUCUAUGAAAGUACAUAGGCGGUGGGAAUGAUACUUCCCACAAUGAAUAACUUCACGAAGAUUGAUAAUGGAGAAAAAAAUUAAAUAGAUUCAUAAAAUUAAUACGUUUUUAAUCUUAUUUCAUUUAUAACAUCUUGAAUAUUGAAAUUAUCUUAUUCGCGCCCACGAAACGGUUAAAACGCCCAUUGUCCAUAAGAACCUUCUAUGCAGUAUUAGGAAGCUUUGAAAAAAAGAUGAACGAAA